AUGUCUGUGUUUGUGUCUUUUCUAUUACGUUCAUUGUACAUUGCAUAUGUGAAACGGCAAGACAGGGUGACAGCUGCUAUAAAUCAUUCAGAUGAUGAAAUCAAAAUGUUUUAUGAUUGCAGGUAUGUGUUCGCAUGUGAAGCUGCUUGGAGAUUAUUCGGAUUUGAAAUUCAUAAUAGAUUCCUCCCUAUUCAGCGAUUGCCAUUUCACCCGCCCAAUGAAAAGAGCGUUGUUUUUAGUGAUCAUGCUUCAAUAACUGAUGUCAAGACUAGGGCGGAGUCUAGACAAUCAAUUUUUGAGUCUUGGAUGGAUGCAAAUAAAAAAUAUCCAGAAGGUAGGCAUCUUACUUAUGCAGAGUAUCCAACUCAAUUUGUUUAUAAAGAAAAUAUGCAUGAAUGGCAUCCCAGAAAACAAAGAUUUUCAAUUAGAAGAAUAAAUCGUUUUUCUGCCAAUAAUGGAGAAGAUUCCUAUCUCCGAACUUUACUUAUUUUUCAAAAGGGUUGUACAAGUUACGAAGAUUUGAGAACUGUCAAUGGGGUGAUUUUUCCUUCAUUUAAGGAUGCCUGCUAUUCUCUGGGACUUUUGGAUGAUGACAAUGAGUACAUUGAUGCAAUUAAGGAGGCAAGUUCUUGGGGGUCAGCAACUUAUCUGAUAAAUCUGUUUGCUUUAUUGUUAUUUGGUAACUCAAUGAACAAGCCUGAAAAUGUUUUCCGAAAAUGCUGGGAAUUACUAUCUGAUGAUGUUCUUUAUCGGCAUAGGCAAAGAAUUGGACGUGAAGAUGCAUUUCUUACGGAGGAUUCUAUAAAAAACAUAACCCUUGCAGAAAUUGAUAAGGUGUUACAAAGCAACGGUAAAUGCCUCUCUGAUUACCCAUCCAUGCCGAGUAUCAUCGGUGAAUCUUUAUUGGAUAUGCAGAAUAGACUGGUGAUGGAUGAAUUGUUGUAUGACAGUUUCUCUUUGAAAGAAGAGCAUGACAGACUACUGAAUUCACUCAUUGAUGAGCAGAGGGUUGUUUAUGACAAAAUAAUUUCAGCUGUUUCAGCAGGUAAAGGAGGGUUUUUCUUCCUGUACAACUUUGGUGGUACUGGAAAAAUAUUUAUUUGGAACACCCUGUCAGCAUUUCUUCGAUCAAGAGCUGGAAUAGUGUUUAAUGUUGCUUCUAGCGGAAUUGCUUCACUUCUACUUCCGGGAGGACGUACGACACAUUUUAGAUUUUGUAUUCCUAUUCAGAUCACCGAAGAUUCAACAUGUAAUAUAAAACAAAAUUCUACUUUGGCAGAGUUGUUGUCUAAAACAAAGUUAAUCAUUUCGGAUGAAGCCCCGAUGGUACACAGAUUUUGCUUUGAGGCCCUUGAUAGAACACUUAAAGAUGUUCUUAGAUUUUAUGAUACCAGCUGUGUUGAUAUGCCCUUUGCUGGAAAAGUGGUCACUCUAGGAGGUGACUUUCGACAAAUAUUACCUGUCAUUCCACAUGGCAGUAGACAAGAGAUCGUUCAUGCAACAAUCAAUUCUUCGUAUCUACGGUCAUAUUGUCAUUUGUUAUCUUUGACCAAGAAUAUGUGUCUCAAUUUUGGAAGUAGCACUAAUAAUUUGUUGGAAAUAAAAGAAUUUUCUGAGUGGCUGCUUAAAAUAGGAGAUGUUGAUCUUGGAGAUGACGUUGAUGGAGAAUCUAUUAUAACAAUUCCAGAUGAAUUGUUGAUCAAAGGUUCAGAAGACCUACUUUCAGAUAUUAUUGAUUUUGUCUACCCGAAUCUGAUGGAUAAUAUAUUAGAUCCGACUUUCUUUAAAGAACGCGCUCUUCUAACUCCUAAAUUGUCUGAUGUUGCCAUGUUAAACGAGCACCUAAUGGCUGUGAUUCCGGGUGAAGAAAGGACAUUUUUAAGUUCAGAUAAGGUUUUGAAACAAGACGGUAAUUCAUCUCUUGAGGAUGACGAAAUCUCCCUGAGAUCUUAA